AAAACAUUUGCGUAGCUGCAGCUUUUUACAUUUUACUGAUUUUAAGAAUCAGUUUUUCUGUUUUCAGUACGAAAAUGAUCGUUUAUUAACCUUUUUAUCUGCAUUGUGUACAGUUUUUUCGAAAUCGAGAAUAAUAUGUAGAAAAACGAAAACAAUUAGAUUUUUAAAAGAAGAUUUUGUUGUUAGACUGUCAAAAACUGAACGAAACGGACCCUACAUGUGUCUUUUGUUUCUUUUGCCACUUUUCUCAUUUCAGGGACCGUUAAAUCUUUUAAUUUUUGUUUUAUAUUCAUAAUUUAUUUAUAGUUUAUAUCGACGUUACGUUUACCACUUGCCCAUUGACCAGUUUUAUCGAUUUCAUCACCAAUUGAAGUUAUAGGGAUCGUUUCCUUUUAUGAUGCAAGCCGUAACGCACCGAAAAUAAUACAUCUGGAGGAUAAUUCUUGGAGAGGCUGAUCCCAGAAAUUAUCCGCUAGCUCGAUUCCGCAUGUUUAGUACCGGUACUGAAAUCUUUCUCCUCUGUUGGAUGUGCUGGUGAUUGAGCACUGCCACUCCGAACAGUAGUCAUAGGCCGUGGAAUUAAAUGGCCGACAUCUGCCGAGUUAAAGCUAUCUACGAUUUCGAAAAGUCGAACACGGACGAGCUGAGUUUUCGUCGCGGAGAUGUGAUUACUAUUACACAGAAACUGGAAGGUGGUUGGUGGGAAGGAACGCUGAACGGUGAAACCGGAUGGUUUCCGUUAAGUUUCGUCACCGAAUAUCGCCAAGAAACCCCGGUGAAAAAUGGACCUGUACACAACCCGCGUCGAGAAUAUCGCGCCAUGGUACUGCGCAACAUUAUUGAUAGCGAACGAAAGCAUGUUGCGGAUAUGCAAAUGUUCCAACGCUCAGUGCUUUCACCAAUAAAAAAUGCAAACUUGUUGCCGGAAAAUGAUUGUAGCAUACUGUGUGGCAACAUUGAUGAAAUCAUACAGCUCCAUGAGUCUCUUGUCUGUCAGUUUGACGACAUUCUUCGCACACCUUCUGAGCAACAAACGGUUGGCGGGGUUUUCAUGAGUGCAGCAAGUGCCCUGAGAAACGCUCAUAUGAAGUAUUGCUCAAAUCAUCCCAGAGCUGUCCAAAUGCUAAAUCAGUAUAGAGAAAUGCUAAAUACAUUCUGUGAAUCAUUGGUUGGUGGACGUACCGGUGUGGUUAUUUUAACCGCGGAACUUAGUCGUCCGUUUCGGCGUCUGGAUAAAUACCCAAACAUGUUGCAAGAACUUGAGAGGCAUCUCGAAGACUUCCACUUUGACAGAGGCAAUACCCAGCGGGCUGUCAUGGUUUACACAGAAAUCGCGAAUUCCUGUGCGGAAAUCCGUCGGCAAAAAGAAGUAGAGCUGGAUAUUCUGAAGGGAAACAUUCAGGAUUACCAAGGACCAGAACUUAAUUCGCUGGGAGAUGUUCUGCUUAUGUUGCCGGUGGGAGUUCGUGAUGACGUCCAUGGAGUGCGGCAAGAGCGGUUUUUGGUCAUAUUUGAAGACUGUUUACUGAUUUUGGCCGCAUCGCCUCGUAUGAGUUGUUUCAUGUACAUGGCACAUUCACCGCUAUCUGGACUCAAAAUGGUUCCGGUGGACAAGCCAGAGUCACCGUUAACCUUUGAAAUAUGGAGUAAGACUAUGGACAAGAAGACUGUAGACUGCAAAGAUAACGUAGCCUUCAGUCAGUGUUUGGAAGUUUUGUCCAGUCAGAUUGCUAAAAUGUCAGCAAUGCGACCAUCCAUUGGAAAGUCCAAUACACUUCCAAAACCGGCGAAACUUUUGUCAAAUGGGCUGCCACCUAGCCCACCUAAGGGUGUGGGAGCGCGCGAAGUACCAUCGACAGCGUCACACGAACAACAUUUCAAGCCACCCAUUAUUACCAAUCCGAUAUGGACUGGUUCGUGCUUACGCCCGUACCCACCUUUACGAGGGGAAUUGCCAUCCAAGGAAGAGAAACCAGCGAUUGUCUCCCAGAGUCCUAAGCUGGCUAGAAAGUUUUCUACUCGAAAAACAAAAGAUCAGUCUAAGUCUUCUAAAACGGACGAUCAGCUUUCUUCCGAAAAAACUCAGCAAUACGAGAACGAUGCGCUGUUGUUGGGUGUUAUAGAUGCGUAUUGCAUCAGUUCCAAGAGCCGCCAUAAGGUUACUUCGGCAGAAUUGUUGGACUCACCGCAUGUACUAAUCGCUGAAGACGAAAAAAUAUUUAUCGAGGGAUCUGAUGGAAAUUUUCUUGAAGAAAAAUCCUUGGUGGAUACAGUCUACGCCAUGAAGGAUGAAAUGCGAGAUAUGACUGCAGAGAUUGUGAAACUGCGCAAACAAUUAGAUGAAGAGCGGAAGUGCCGAAAGCAGCUGGAAGCUACUUCAAUGCGCAACGGUGUGAAUGGCGAGAGGAUUUCCGAAGUGAUGGCCACCGCGACAUCGGGACAGCGUCGAGCCUUCGCGCAGAAGCUGAACAAAUCGCAGGCGAGCGAAGUCCGCCGUCAGAUCCAGAGUGCACGCGGCGGUGGCAGCGAACUCCCCAAAAGCCUGAGCAUCAAUGGCACGCUGGCCGCCAACGGUGUGCUCAGCGCCCAGGUGGCCGCGCGCUACCUGGACAGCGUGGAGCCCGUGGAUUAUGAGGAAUUCAUCCGCUUCCACCAGAGCAUCAUCGAUCGCGAUGCCCUGCGGCAUCUCCUGCAGUUUCCCAUUGAUGACAUCGAGGUGAAGAAUCUGCAGAAGAAGACCCGCACCGUUGUGGCCGUAGUGCCGGAGAAUCUGCAGGAAUUGAAUAGUCGCGAGAAGGACUGUCUGAGUCAGUACAAUGCCAAUUACACGCUGGCCGUCCGCCGCUAUCAGCGCUACGGGCCCUGCGAAGUCCUGACGGAUAUGGUGCAGAAGCGGGAUGAACGCAUUGAUCUCAUUCCCCGACAGAUCUACGAAUGCGACCAGACGCAUGCCAAAGAUCGCAGUUCCUAUGUUGGACCAAGCGGCCCGAUCACGGCUGCUUUCGAUGAGGAUCGGACGCGGAAUUCCUGGGCCAGCGGGGUGUUUGAUUUGCGACAGUCGAAUCCAGAUGCCCUCAUUCCGGGUUUAUUGGAUCGACUUCCUGCGGAAGACCGCGAUGCGAUCAACCGGCGUAAGCGACAGGAUAAGCGCCAACCGGCAAUCUUUAGCCUCUAUCCCUCACAGGAUGAGGAGGAGCAGAUCGAGCGGCGCGUAAUCCCCGACAUACCGCGUGAACAGAUUGGCCACAGUAUUUCCGUGCGUGUAUUGCAGCUGAAACUGGAUCUGGACAUUGAGCCGGUGUUCGCCAGUAUUGCCCUGUACGAUAUUAAGGAGCGCAAGCGGGUGUCGGAGAAUUUCUACUUUGACUGCAACUCGGAUGCCGUCAAGAGAAUGAUUGAGAUGCACGUGCCGUGCGAAGACAUGAGCACCAUGUCACGUGCCUGUGUGUUUAAUGUGCUGAACGCAUCAGUGGAUUUGGUGUUGGUGGUGCGGCUAGAGAAAACACUGCAGCAGGGUGACGUUGCAGAAUGUGCUGAAGUUUAUUUGAAAGAAGAGAAAAACAAGGAGAAAGCCCAUAUGAAUGCUCAAUACUUUUGCGAACGUCUCGGCAAGUAUCGGAUGCCGUUUGCCUGGACAGCCAUCUACAUGACAAAUGUCGUGCAGGGGGUACCAACGAAUUCUGUCAACGAAGGAGAUUCAAAUUCGAUGGGGACAACACUGAGUGGUAUGGGGAUUCAGACAAAUAAAAGUGGUAGUCUGGAUCGAUCCUUAAAAGGUUUAGACGUACUAAAACUGGGAAAGCUUCUCGGGUCGACUGGAUCUACUGGGGGAACCAUUGACCCGAUGGGGUCACUACCGCGUAAUGCAACGCGUGCUGGCAGUAUUUAUGGCGAAGAGACCAUCCAGAAUCUCGAUAGUUUUCGAUCUGUGACCGUAUCGCUGCCAACAUUUUUCCGACAUGAAACCGACAAGUUAUCGGAAGAUGAUCUUUUGAAAAUGGUAGCGGAUCUACGUCGGCCGACAUCGUUGACAAAGAAACUAAAGUGUAUCCCGGGUUUGUUAAAACUGGAUAUCUCGCCAUGCACGGAGAACUUGCCCGUCGGUUGUUUGACGCCGGAACUAGUCCCGCUUCGUCCGCUGGGCGAAGAAGGUGCGCGCCCUGUGAAGGAGAUUCUGGAAUUUCCCUCCCAUGAAGUCUACUCGCCUAACUAUGCGUAUCGGAAUUUGUUAUAUGUUUAUCCCAAAUUUGUUAACUUCUCUAGUCGACCGGGUUCCGCACGAAAUAUUGCCAUUAAACUGCAGUUGUUGGGGGCUGAAGAUUGUCCCCUGAAGGUGAUUUAUGGUCGCUCAAGCUGUCCCGAGUUCUUGUCGGAAGUGUACUCGUCUGUGAUAUACCAUAACAAAACCCCUGUGUUCUCUGAUGAGAUUAAGAUUAAGCUUCCAGUUAAUCUGGAUGAUCGCGAGCAUGGUUAUCAUUUAUUCUUUACGUUUUAUCAUAUCAGUUGCCAGAAGAAGGGAGAUGCCAGUGAACAAGUGGAAACACCGAUCGGUUAUACUUGGUUACCACUGAUAAAUGUGUGUGGUGCUGAUUCGAUGUUGAUUAGUGGCGAUUAUAAUUUACCUAUCAUGUUGGAAAAACCAUCGGCCAGUUAUUCAAGGAUCAAUCCAGACGUUCAACUGCCUAAUACCAAAUGGCUGGAUAAUCACAAAGGUCUGUUUAAUGUGACGAUACGCCCAGUAUCCACAAUUCAUACCGGGGAUGUGCGUUUGGAAAGAUUUCUCAAUUUAUGCUCCUUCAUCGAUAGCGCUAGGAUUCCGAAUUACAUUGGCGAAUCCAAUAUCGAGAACAAUUUACGCGAUGCUAUCCAAGAUCUGGAAAUGGCUACCCGAGAGCCUCUAAUCCGCUUCCUUAACGUUAUUAUCGAAAAACUGCUGACUUUGAUAGUAAAGCCUCCUCUGGUACACGGCCAGAUUAUUAAUGUGGCAUCGGCUGCUUUCGAUGGGUUGGUGGGGAUUGUGCACAUCGUGUCGAUAUUUUUGGAAAACCAAUGUGAUCAGAACGGCCGCAACACUGUGCUUUUAAGCUAUAUUUAUUAUCAUUGCGGGAUUAAAAAGUUUUCGUUUACUGAACAAGAAAUUGCCAAAGAUAUGUAUUUGCAUAGCCGGAGUGCCAGUGAAAUUAUGGCUAUCAACCAUGCCGUAUCCAGUUUCGAGCGCACUGGAAGUGUUCGUGGGACGUCUGAUACUAGUUCCCUAAUGGGACCGCAUGGACGCCGGCUGCCCCAUGAAGAGAUCGCCUACCAGUGGGCAGUAUGCGCCAAUCCUCAACGGGAUUUCAGUUUGCGACAUGCAUGGUUUUUCUUUGAGCUGAUUGUCCAGUGCAUGACCCAGUAUCUGACAGCAGCCCAGCGUUUGCACUAUCCUCGCAAUGCCCGUUUCAGUGAGCGCUUCAUCGACAACAUCUCCACCCUGAUACGCUCCUUCACGGACGACAUCGUUUCGUCAUCCGCGCAUGAAAUGGGCCGAUUGAAUACCAGUCUGUCUUUCUUCUUCUAUGAUUGCCUGUCACUGUUGGAUCGUGGAUUAGUGUUCCAGUGGGUGCAUGCCUAUUGCAAAAAGAUCAACGCCAAGGUGGUGGCGCUCAUGGAACCAACUCAUAUCCUGAGCCUCAAGAUUGACUGUUUACGAAUCCUGUCUUCGCACGAACAUUUUUUCCCACUAAAUCUGCCGUUCGCCCAGUCGACCACGUGGAUUCGCUCGCAACCGGCGUCUCCGUGUCCCAGUAUAUCCAGCUCGACAUCACAGAAUUCCGUAAAUUCUUCGAGCAGUAUGAACAGCUCCGUCGAAUUGUCGAAUAACUUCCGGCAGCAGCAUUAUUUGGUCGGCUUGGUGCUGUUUGAAUUGAUGGCCAUCUUCGAGGUGCCUAAUCCCGCUUUGCACGUGAAGGCGGUUAAUGUUAUUCGGAAUUUGCUAAGCUGGCAUGAUGCGGAUCCGCGGUAUGCGACGAAAGAUCUGCGUCACCGGUUGUCCUACUUGUAUCUGCCGCUGAUUGGCAUUAUUAUGGACACCUUACCACAGCUGUAUGAUUUUGUGGUGGAUCACCGUCAUCGCACAGCAGCCGGAAAUCUUCCAGGCAUUCAGCAUUCCGUGGCAAUGGCUAUUGCGGGAACUGCGGGUACUAUGGUCAAACGCGAUUCCAGUGAGGUUUACGAUGCUGGUCAGACCCGGCGACCGCAGUUGAACGCCGAGGCCACACGGCACCUGCUAGCCGGUUUCAUGUGGAUCUUAAAAUCGGCUGACGAGCAGACGUUGCGGGGUUGGUGGGAGGCGUUGCCGCCGCACCGGCUGGCACAGCUCUUGGAGAUUUUCCAGAUUACCAUUCACUGCUUUGAAUACACCGGCCCGAGGAGUGUCCACAGCCGGGGGCAUGUUGGUGUUCAAAGGGAAGAGCUGAAAUCGAUGCUCGGGGACGCUAUUUUAGGGUCCAUUCAUUCCAAGACCAGAGGGACAACGAUAGGCAGUCAGCAGAGUUUGACAUCCGCUGGCGAUGGACUGCGGUAUCGUAAAGAUCAGCUGUGGCGGCAGUUUCCCAUUACUGACUCCAAUGGAUUGGUGGAACAGGAGGCCAUUUUGGAAAGUGUACUCUGCGCGGAGAUUAAUUUGACGAUUUUGGACAGUCUUGAGCUAGUCUUCCAGGUCAUAUCUAGUCACGGGGUUUUACAGGACCAAUUAGCGGCGGCUUUCCGGGUUCUGUUACAUGCGCUGGGAUGUAGUCAGAGUGUAUAUGUCUACGAGAAUUUAUUUGCCUGUCAGCGGUCUAUUGUUGCAAAAUUUCCUGAACUCGUAUUUGAAGCGGAAACGGAGUAUUGCGCUGAUCUCUGCUUGCGUUUACUCAGUCACUGUAGUUCCAGUAUUGCGGUGGUGCGAUCCCAGGCGUCGGCCUCAUUGUACUUGCUCAUGCGUCAGAAUUUCGAAAUCGGCAACAGUUUCUCUCGAGUGAAAAUGCAGGUGACCAUUUCCCUCAGCUCUCUUGUUGGGACCAUAACUGAUCUGAACGAAGACUAUUUACGACGAUCUCUGAAAACCAUCUUGACAUACGCCGAACAAGAUGCGGAACUGAAAACUACGACGUUUCCAGAACAGGUGCGAGAUUUGGUGUUUAACUUGCACAUGAUUUUGUCGGACACUGUCAAAAUGAAAGCGUAUCAGGAAGAUCCGGAAAUGCUAAUGGAUUUGAUGUACCGCAUUGCCAAAGGCUAUAAAAAUUCGCCGGAUUUGCGAUUAACCUGGUUGGCUAAUAUGGCACAGAAGCAUUCCGAGCGCGGGCUGUAUGCAGAAACUGCACAUUGUUUGAUCCAUUCCGCGGCACUUGUAUCUGAAUAUCUGCAUUUGUUGGAAGAUAAGAAAUAUCUGCCUUUGGGUUGCGCGGCUUUUGAAAAAAUUUCCAGUAAUAUUCUCGAAGAGAGUGCCGUGUCCGACGAUAUUGUAUCACCUAAUGAAGAGGGCAUUUGCACCGGCAAGUCUUUCACCGAGGCGGGAUUGUUGUCGUUGUUGGAACAGUCCGCAAGUGCCUUUUCCUUAGCCGGAAUGUUUGAGGCUGUGAAUGAAGUUCAUAAGAUUGUGAUACCAAUUGCGGAAACUCAUCAUGAUUAUGCUCAACUCGCGUCGAUUCAUAAGACCCUUCAUGAAGCAUUCGUGAAGAUAGAACGGAUGGCUGGAAAGCGAAUGUUCGGGACGUACUUCCGUGUAGGCUUUUAUGGACCGAAAUUUGGUGAUUUGGACGGUGAAGAAUUUAUCUAUAAAGAACCGGUCAUCACAAAGCUACCGGAAGUCUCCAGUCGCCUGGAAUCCUUUUAUUCGGAAAAGUACGGCGCUGAAUAUGUCGACAUCAUUAAAGAUUCCAAUGCCGUCAAACGGGAACUAUUGGAUCCGGAGAAGGUGUAUAUACAGAUUACCUAUGUGGAGCCGCAUUUCGAUAAAUGGGAACUGCGCAAUCGCGAAACUUUCUUCCAAAAGAACUACAAUCUCCGUCGAUUCGUGUACUCUACACCGUUUACCAUGGAUGGCCGGGCUCAUGGCGAUUUACAUGAACAGUAUAAGCGGAAAACGAUUGUUACGACCGCCAAUGCUUUUCCGUACGUGAAAACGCGAAUUCAAGUUAUCGCAAGGGAGCAGUCGGUUCUGACGCCGAUCGAGUUAGCGAUCGAAGAUAUUCAGAAGAAAACGGAAGAACUACAUGCGGCCAUUAAGCAGGAACCUUCGGAUGCCAAAAUGUUGCAAAUGGUUCUGCAGGGCUGCAUUGGAACAACGGUUAAUCAAGGUCCUUUGGAAGUAGCCGCAGUUUUCCUGUCGCAUCCACACGAUCAACCAAUGACGGCGCUGCAGCAUAAAUUGCGAUUGUGCUUCAAAGAUUUUUCGAGACGGUGUGCGGAAGCUCUGAAAUUAAACAAAACCCUUAUCGCGGCUGAUCAGAAAGAAUAUCAACGGGAACUAGAAAAGAAUUAUCAGCGCUUCCAUGAUUCCAUCAAACCAAUGUUGCAGUACAAUGCCGAAAUGCUGGCUGCCGAUGAACUUGAAAAUUCCAACUUGAAUUCGACUUGUUAAUCUCUUUUGUUUUUUCUUUUGUUUAUAGAUGUUCUCUACGUAAGAAUCUGAUUGCACUUGUUACUUAUGCACAACGGGAAUGUUUGAACUAUUGUCGGGAAUCUCGAUUUGACAUCUUGCAGUCUCCAAAUUGUUGAUAAUGUGGGUCAGUUUAUUUUGGUUUGUUAUCAGUCUUGUGAUUCGGUUCCAGUUUAAAUUUUUUUGUGGGUGUUUAAACUCACUACAACGGGAAUAAGUAAAUUUGAAGGAGGUAUUCAGAAAAAUUGUUUUAUGGC